CAUCGGGGAGAAUGGAAGCGAUAUGAGGGGUUUAUCGGCAGAAUUCUUCUCCCUCCUUUCCCAGUCUCUUCUGAAAUGGGAGAAGAAGGUGCUGGAAGUCCAUGAGAGUUCACUGGUUUGGUUCAAUCCUGAUGGCAUGCAAGCUAAUAGAGAUUUUUACUAUCUUGGCGUUAUCUGUGGAAUGGCGCUCUACAACCAUCAUUAUAUAAACAUUGGCUUCCCUCUGGCCUUGUUCAAGAAACUCCUCCAGCAGAGUCCCACUCUGAAUGAUCUGGAGGAACUAUCUCCUGUGGAGGCCAGAACUUUGAAAAGCCUUCUUGAGGAGGACGAGGAUGAAGUAGUAGAUACGUUCAGUUUCGAUUUCACGGUCAAAGGAAAAAAGCUCAUCCCAAAUGGAGAUCAAAUUCGAGUGACCAAAGCUAAUAGAAAUAUGUGGAUUUGUAUGUCGACUUCGUUUUCAACAAGUCAGUGAAGAAACAGUUCGAGCAUUUUUCAGAAGGUUUCUUUAAGGGCUGUCCACUUGAUGCCUGGAGCAUGUUCCAC